AUGUAUCCCAAAUACCUUCUUUUGACGCUUGUGGCCGGUGUGGUAGCCAUGCCUAUGCCCGCACCGGAAGGCGCUGCCGAGACGCCGGGAGCCCUUCAGGCCCGCGGCCGCGGCACCACGCUUACCCUUGACCCACAGCCUGGAACAACCUUCCCUGACACCGCUACUGAUAACGAUCACAAAUCUUCCAAGUCUCGAGGGCCUAUGAAGUGCGGCGGCCGUAAAACCCUUCACCGGCGCGGCACCAGCCCUAACCUCGACCCUCAGCCUGGAACGACCUUUCCAACUGUCGAUGAUGACGAUCACAAAUCUUCCAAGUCUCGAGGGCCUAUGAAGUGCGGCGCCCGUAAAACCCUUUACAGGCGCGGCACCAGCCCUAACCUCGACCCACAGCCUGGAACGACCUUUCCAACUGUCGAUGAUGACGAUCACAAAUCUUCCAAGUCUCGAGGGCCUAUGAAGUGCGGCGCCCGUAAAACCCUUUACAGGCGCGGCACCAGCCCUAACCUCGACCCACAGCCUGGAACGACCUUUCCAACUGUCGAUGAUGACGAUCACAAAUCUUCCAAGUCUCGCGGGCCUAUGAAGUGCGCCGGUCAUAAAACCAUUCACCGGCGCAGCAGCGACAAGGACAACAGCGAUGUCUCCAUUAAUUCUUCGCGACUAACCACGCCCAUGACAAAGGAACGCUUCAACGACUAA